AUGUCUUUCCACGAAUCCUGCGAGCUUAUCCGGAUUGAAGUCCGCGACGAUGGCACCUGGCUUCUCGCCGCUGCUGGAACCGUGAAUGAAGGGGAACAUAUUCCCGCGGAGCUCAGGCUCGACGAUAGGAUCGGCAACAGCGACGGAUGGUUCGCCUACCCGGGUGAGAAUUUCUCAGAAACCGCCCACGAGAUCGAGAUCGACUUCCGUGAAGAUGGUCCUUGGUUGACCGCCGUUCUGGCCGAGCAAGAUCAGGAAGACAGAGAGCGCCAGGGCAUCAACUUGGCUCAGCAUAUUGGAAACAAUAAUGGCGAGCUUGUGUGGGUUUGA